GAUCUUCCCUCUGUUUUCCUUCAAUGGGAAAGAUAUGUGUUGAAGUUUGUCUGAUUUCUGGACGGGGGCUUAGGCGGUCGUCCUCAUUUUGGAAGCUCCAAUGGUUUGCUGUUGGAUGGAUUGAUCCUAACAACAAAUAUUGCACCAGAAUUGAUGCUUCUGGGAAUGCGAAUCCUGUAUGGAAAACCAAGUUUUCUAUAUCAGUUGAUGAUUCAAACUUGCAAGAUAUUAUGCUUCAUGUUGAAGUGUACAGCAGGGAACCCUUUUUCCUAAGGGAAAAGCUCCUAGGGACUGCCACUGUGGCCUUGAAAGAAUUUAUGACAAAGCACAGCAAAAUUUCUGAGGAGUCUGCAAUGUCAGGAACAGAGGAAGCAGGGAGCUACCAGUUGCGCAAAGGAAAUUCUAGUAAACCUCAAGGGUUUGUUGAUAUUUCAGUUCGUAUCUUGAAAGAAAGGGAAGAACCAAGUUCAUUCUCAGGUGAGGGAGGACUCCUGCUGAUGGAUCAUAGCAAUAAUAUUGCAGUGUGGCCGGUAGGUGGAUCAGGGGAAGCCUACUUUUCUGGUCCGGCACCACUACCUUCAACCUCAGCCCACCCACCACAUAGUCCGUCACAGAACAAUUUUCGAUAUAAUCAUCCAGUGGCAUGUCCUCCAAACCAUUCAAACCUGUUGCAGGGAGGACCAAGCUAUUCAGCUGGUGGAAAUUAUUAUCAACCCCCACGAACUCCUCCUCCACCACCUCCACCUUCUAAUGUUGGAUACAUACCUAUGUUUCUUCCAAGAACUGAGAAUUAUGUUAACAUGCCAUCAUCUGGAACAGCACCUGGACGAGGGCCAGGGCCUGGAUUUGGCAUGGGAGUUGGAGCUGGAGCACUAGCAGCUGGUGCCAUAAUCUUUGGUGAUGACUUCUUGUCUGGAUUUGAUUUUCCUGGAGGCUCACAAGAUGCUAGUCUUACAAUAUCAACUGAUCCUCCUUUUUGAUAAAGAAGUGAUUGUAUCCUGUAAUAACAUCACCUGUUCAAUAAGAUGCUUCUUUUUAAAGUUUUA